AUGCUAAGCUGCUGGCUGCAUCGUGCCGGCACUGCUCAUGGCACUGUCUGGACCACCUGGAACACCAGUUCAUCCGACCCAAUUUUUGUCAUUUCGUUUCGGCCGCAGUCGCCUGAACAAUCGCAAUCCGCACCAACUAAAACAAAGAAUCUUAUUCUUUGA